AUGGGCUACACCUUGAAGAAGAAGUUUACAUGUCCUAGCCUCUUGACCAGCAAGUGUGAUCCUUCUCUCUUUGUUUAUUCCCAUGCUAAUAACAUCAUCUACAUUCUUGUUUAUGUUGAUGAUAUCAUCAUCACUGGCAAUAAUACUGCUUUCCUCAGAAACAUUGUUUCCCAGCUCAAUUCUGCCUUCUCCCUUAAGGAUCUUGGUCAAUUGGAUUACUUUCUUGGCAUUGAAGUUAAAUCCAAUUCUGAUGGUUCACUCACCCUGACUCAAAGCAAAUACGUUCGUGAUCUCCUUAGUCGCACUGACAUGGAAAACUCCAAACCUAUCGCUUCACCCAUGGUCUCUGGAUGUAAACUUUCAAAAUCUGGUUCUGAUAAAUUUCUCAAUGUGUCCUUAUACAGGUUUGUGGUUGGUGCCUUAUAG